AUGAAUAUGUUGGAAAAGGAAAAAGAAUUACCUCUUUAUUUUAAGGAUAUUGAUGCUAAACAAAACAAUGCAAAGAAAAGAAGAAAGACUCUUGGUAUUAUGGUAGUCGUCUUUCUUAUAGGUUUAUUAUAUACAUAUAACUCAGCAACUAUAACAACAUAUCUCACAUCUACUUCAGUUUCCAACUAUAGCCCCAUUGAUUCAAAACCAAAUGUAAAUCUUGGUAGUAUUGCAUUAUCUUCAUCUACAUACAAUUCAGCUGAAGAAGAACUCAAAAGUACAAAUUUAUUCAUAAAUCAAAUAGCAACUAGAGAUGACACUUCGUCAGACUCGUCAUCAUCAUCGUCAACUAAAUCAACUCCAAUUUAUGAUAUAGUAGGUGUAAGAAUUGGAUUUGCAUUGGUAGGUUUUGUCUUAUUAAAUAUGAUUGCCAUUGUCAUUCAUCAUAUUUUCUUGAAAGUAUCUCGUGCCAGUCAAGCUUAUAAGAAUGUUGAAUUACAUUAUUCUCCAUUUUAG